AUGCCAUCGCCGACCGAGAUACCGUACUUGCUGUCGUCAGGGGUGCGUUCCGCAGCUGCUCGUCCGGGCGUCGUCUCUAUUACGCAUCCCAGCACCGCCAUGCAGCAGGACCUGUACCGCGAUCUGCUGGCCCAGACUGGCAUUGAGGCGGCCCAGCUUGGCUACGUCGAAAUUGCAUGGCACUGCCAGCAAGCUGACGACGCGACCAAUAUGUCUAGCGUUGCUGCAGGCUUUGGAAGCGCCCGCUCUCCUGGCUACUCAUUUUACGUGGGCCCUGUCAAGGCCAACGUCGGCCACGCGCGAGGCCGUUGCGGACAUGGCAUCCCUCAUCAAGUCCACUAUGAUACUCAAACACCGCCUGAUCCCCGGCCAGACCGUAUCCACGUGUCAGAACAGAGCCAUGUCUGCCGCGCAGCCAGAGUCGGUGAUGGACGCAAGAUAAAGAUCAACAACUCUGAUAUUGCGUACUCAGCUGACACGGAAGUGCUCAAGAGCGGCAACGUGAGCUUGUUGCUGGAGGAGGGCAGCAACUUGCAGCAGCAAUACAAACACGGGGAUGACGGCCGCAAGUAUCGCGUCGCAGCAGUCUCGGCACACACCCCCCCAAGUCCUUUGCCAUAA